CGGGCAGUGUCUUCACGCUGUCUCCACACUUCAUAAAAGAAGAGCGUUUCGGCUGUUUCUUCAUAGCGGAGAUCCUUCCGGCCGGACCCGCACGAGAGUGGACACCACCCCCCACGUCGGUGGAUCCGCCCGACUAGUAUAAGAGGAGCCCCAGCUCUCGCCGACACCUCCUAAGGGACGCACAUCAAAGGAAUUCAGGUUUUUAUUUUUAAAAAGAAAGCUGCUCUGAAGAUGGCUGAUCUUUGGCAGGAAGCCAUGGACCACGCUGUUGCUGUGGCCAGGAAAGCAGGAGAGAUCGUCAGGCAUGCUGUGCACAAUGACAUGAAGGUCUUGUGUAAAAGUUCCUCGGUGGACCUGGUCACUAAGACUGACCAGAAAGUGGAGCAGCUUAUUAUCGAUUCCGUGAAGGAAAAGUUCCCUAAGCAUGGCUUUAUUGGUGAGGAGUCUGUGGCUGCUGGAGAGCCAUGUGUUUUGUCGGACAAUCCAACCUGGAUCGUCGAUCCGGUGGAUGGAACCACUAACUUUGUGCAUGGAUACCCUUUUGUUGCUGUUUGCAUUGGCUUUGCUGUUAAUAAGACGUUAGAGUUUGGUGUAGUGUAUAGCUGCAUAGAGGAUAAGAUGUACACGGCCCGCAGAGGGAAGGGAGCAUUCUGCAAUGGAGACCCUCUCCAGGUAUCAGACCAGAAAGAGAUCAAUCAGUCAAUCAUUGCAACGGAGUUCGGCUCAAACAGAGAUCCAGAAGUGGUCGAUGUGAUUUUCUCCAACAUGAGGAAGAUUCUGUGUUUGCCUGUGCAUGGGAUACGUGGUGCCGGUUCAGCUGCGAUAAACAUGUGUAUGGUUGCCUCUGGCUGUGUGGAGGCGUACUAUGAGAUCGGGAUCCACUGUUGGGACAUUGCAGCCGCUGCAGUCAUCGUGGAGGAGGCAGGAGGAGUACUCAUGGAUUUCGAGGGUGGACCAAUGGACCUGAUGUCUAGAAGAAUCAUUGCUGCUAAUAACAAGACAAUUGCAGAAAGAAUAGUGAACGAGAUCAAGGCAUAUCCUGCCAUCAGGGACGACGCUCCUCUAUAGACCAAACAAUGAAUAUGCCAGAUUUAUUUACUGUAUGUGCUCUUAUGUGAUAACCACAUUUUCAUGAAUUUUAUAUGAAAUACUGGCACUUCUAUUUAUAAUGUUUUGUGAAUUUCCCUGCUGUGGGACUAAUAAAGGAUUAUCUUAUCUUAUAAUCAAGUCUUUAUAUCAUCAAAGCUCAUAAGAUGUACUGUAAGCCUACUGCUAAUAGAUUUCACUGUAAGAAGGGAUGCACCGAUAUGGGAAUUUUGAGUCAACGGCAAUAUUUUUCACAUACACCUCUGUUAAUGGAGAUAAUCAUUUUAUGGCAUGUAGAAAUUGGGAAUAAUCUACCAGGAUUAGCAUUAUGGAGAAAUCUGACAUUUAUGCUCUACUGGAGAACAAAUCAAUCGCAGUCAGUCAGUCAAGUGUGUUUGAAAUAUCGGUAAAAGCGAAAUGUCACUUUUUUUAAAUUAUCUGCCAAUACCGAUAUGAAUCAGAUAUCGUUGUGCAUCCCUUCAUUUUGUUUUUUUUGUAAUAUGUAUUUUUCAACUUAUGGCCUGUCAUUUGUUAUUGUGUAGAAUUUAGCACAUUGAAAACAGGGACACCAUGGAAAAAUAAACCUUUUAUUUUCACAGUUAUUCACAAAGUUAAAGAUAAAAUAUUAAUAGUGUUGGCA